AUGCUUCANAAUGUUUCCAUAUGUCCAUCUUCGCAAGCAUUCAACUUUAAUACUAGUCUUCUAGUUAUACUUAUUUAUAAUUCCAUCGCACGAAAUCGUACAGAACUUAUUCAUUUGCCAGUUAGUUCACUUACUCAUUGCCAUAUUCGAUCUUCAACAGGAUUUAUUCCAGUUCAAAUAACACCAGUAAUGGUGACGUCGGCAAUUAAUGUAUCAUUAGCAGCUCCUUAUCGAUGUUCAUUUCUGGCGAGAGACAUUCCUCCGAUUGGUUAUGACACAUACUGGCUUACUAACCAAUCAACGGCGACUACUCCAUCUAAUCCAACACCGAUCAAGAGCACGAGACUACUCUUCGCCGCUACUCAUAUACCUUCAAACAAAACGAUCGACAUCUCACAAGAAUUUCUUUACUAUCCAUCCAGUGAUGACGGUAAUCCUUACGUAUUUCGGCCGUUAGAGCAAAUACCACGUCCUAUAUCAUCAUAUGCACGAUUAGAAGUAGUGUCUGGCUUAUUAUAUGCUGAAGUUCGGCAGUAUAUUACUGAAUGGAUUAGUAGUAGUGUGCGUCUCACACGGAACUCAUCUGUCAUAGAGUUCGAUUACACUGUUGGUCCAAUACCGAUCGAAGAUAGUUUAGGCAAAGAGAUCAUUACUCGUUUCAAUACAAGUAUUCGAAGUCAAGGUGUAUUUUUUACAGAUAGUAAUGGUCGUGAAUUUCAACGGCGUCAAAGAGAUUAUCGUCCCACAUGGAAUUAUACAGUGACAGAACCUGUUAGCGGCAAUUACUAUCCGAUGACAGCAGCAGUACGUAUUGAGAGUGAUGUCAUAAUAUCGGUACGACGGGUAUUCAUCAAAAUCCAUCAUUUUUGCUCCAAUACCAUUCUACGUUCCUCUUCGCCAUCCGCCACGCUAUGCACAUCUCGAUCCAUUUGA